UUCAAAAGCUAAAGCAAUAAUAUUCUGAGUUUUCCAUUUAUAAAGCUCCUUUGACGAGUCAUUCAUCACCAUCAAUGGCUUCCAUGAGCUCUCUGAAAAUGAUUUCUUCCCUCAAACUCUCCCGUUCAAGUUCUAUCUCUCCUCUUCAAAGCCGAAAGAAAAUAGGUUCUAGUCUCUUUCAAUCCCUCCCAACAAAAACAUUAAAAUUCUCACCUACUCUUGUCUCCACCUCUAGAAGAAGUACCAACCACAUCACAACCACAGCAUUCUUCUUCAAUAACCAAAAGCAGCAUCAAGAUUCUCAAAAGCCAGUCAAAGUUCAAGAACUCUUUGUCUAUGAGAUCAAUGAAAGGGACAGAGCCAGCCCUGCAUUUCUGAAGCUAAGCCAGAAGGAAGUGAACUCUUUAGGAGAUUUAGUGCCUUUCAGCAACAAAUUAUACUCUGGAAACUUGGAAAAGAGAUUAGGGAUAACUGCAGGCUUAUGUGUGCUCAUACAGCAUGUUCCUGAGAAAAAGGGUGACAGAUAUGAGGCCAUUUACAGCUUCUACUUCGGAGACUAUGGCCAUAUAUCAGUUCAAGGAGCUUAUCUCACAUACCAAGACACAUACCUUGCUGUUACAGGAGGUUCUGGAAUCUUUGAAGGUGUCUAUGGACAAGUCAAACUUCAACAACUUGUGUUCCCUUUCAAGUUGUUCUACACCUUCUACUUGAAGGGUAUUCCUGAUUUGCCUGCUGAACUCCUUGGGAACCCUGUUCAACCUUCACCAGCAGUUGAGCCAUCUCCAGCUGCUAAGGCUACUGAGCCUCACGCCUGCAUCACAAACUUCACCGAUUGAUGAUCCAACCGAGCCCUUUUUCUUCUUUCAGAAAGUUUUAAUUUUUCUUUGGUCCCAGAAUAAAGUCUUGCUGUUCAAUAUUUACUAUAUCAUUGAAUCUUCUUUUGGCUAUGUUGGACUACAUUUAGCAGAUGUACUAGGUUAAACAUCAUUGGAGUUUCGUUUGUGCUCAUAACUGGGGGAGGCUAUUCUUGAAACAACAGUUCGAUCAUGAGUUUAAAUUUGAAAUAGUGAUGAAUCUUUUGACAGC